AUGAACAAGGGGAAGAGGUAUACGCACAGGAACUACAAGUACAUGCGAAACUUCGCCGACCUCGAUCUGCAGUUGCAGGAGCUUUCACCGCUGGUACCCCAGCCGGACAGUGGCCAGGCCGCAGAAGAAUGGCGCCGGCGUGGAGCACUUAAGGCCGUGGCCAUGGCCAGUUUGCCGUGGCCGUUCUUCCGACAGGUGCUCUUUGCCAAGGCUCGACGCAGAAGGCGGAUCUUGCAUCAGGCGCUUGAAGCCAUCACGUGGUUGACGCAUCAACGCGCUGCCACUCCCCAACUGUCACAGAGCGGACGCGCUGUCCGUCGACACGUUGCUUUGACUCUCCUAUACGGGAGCUCAUGGAUCCACUUGCUGGAGCGCACAGUUCUUCAUCUGGAGCGGCUGCAGUUUGCUUGGCCCCUUUUGGUUGUUUCGAUCGGGAAGGAUGCUUUUAAGGCAUGCCAGCAGCUCCAGCGAAAGUCUUCGUCAGUUCGAGUUGGUUGUUGGAGACCGAAUACGCCCUCUCAAGUGCACAGGUUUACGAUCAUUCACAUACUUCUCCACCUUGGCGUGGACGUCUUUUACUUCGACAUGGAUACGUUUUUUCUGAAAAACCCUCUGCCCGCACUGCUUUCGCAGGUCCGCAGAGGAAAGUACGAAAUACUCUUUUCUGGACAUGGUGAUGGGGAUUGUGUCGCGGCCCCGUUCCACUACCCAGCACUUCUGACAUACUCUGGGGACUGGUCCUUGCUUCUCUCAGAUGUCACAAGAGGCCAAGGUUUGUGGGAUGUGCAUGUUGCGUCCUCAGAUCAACAUCGGCGUGUUCUACAUCAAAGCGACGUCCAAAACCCAGCACAAAGCAGCGGAACCAUAAAGUCCCACUGGCCUCAGGAUUCUGAGCGUGCCUUGGCCACGAAGGAUGCCAAGGUGACGAAGCCAGACGAAAUCGACCUGGAGAAAGUCGUGGCGGAUGCAGAAGAUGCUGACGAUGAAAGGUUAGCUCGUGAGCUCUCGGAGUACGAUGACGUGUCCGACAGCAUUGUAGCGGCGGCUGUGCGCGAUGCCGAAACCAACAACCCGGAGGUUGAGAUCGAGCUGGCGCGAGCGAAGCGACAGCAAGAGAUCGCAUCGGCCGUGGUAAUACCAUCAGGUCCCGUUUACGACGUCCUCUCUUUGGUUGACAAGUACGGUGGCACCUCCGAAGUGUAUGAAAACCACAAGGUGGCGGCGCAGGCCGGCUACUUCCAGCAGCUCCCGCAAAUCAGGAAGUUCCUCUUCGAUUUCGUGGAUGUCCAUCGUCAGAAUGCAGACCAGAGCUUCGUUGAGUUUGAGCACGCGACCGGCUCCAAGUUGGUCCUCGUUGGCACCAACCACAUCUCAAGGAACUCGACGGAGUUCGCGCGGCAGACCGUUCUCAAAGAAAGGCCAGAGUGCCUGGUCAUCGAGAGACGCCUUGGCGAUGACAGUUUGCAGCGCCUGACACUUCCCGAGAAGCAGCUCCAGGAGAAGCUCAUGGCCAAGCCACCGGCCGAGUUCUUGUCAAGUGACACAGCAAUCGACCGCGCAAGGAAGUUCCAAACGGACCGUAUGUGGCUUGAGGCCAGCGCAGGCUGGCGUGACAUCGGCGGUGAAGCUGCCGUCUGCCACGAGUUUGGCGCCGCGGUCGAGGCCUUCGCGCAGCUUCGCAAGGAAGGUACAGACGGGCAGGGCCCGCGUGGCGGGACGCUGUGCUUUGGCGACUCGGAUUUGCGGCCCCUCUACAAGAGGACUCAGGAUGCCGGGAUGCCGCCCAGCCUCAACGACCUUGGGCUGGGUGCAAAUGUGGCUUUGCGAGACUUGCAGUUUUCAAAAGCUUUGCGAGUUGCGAUGAGGACGCACAAGAGUGUUGUGGGUGUCAUCGGAGACGGCCACCUGGCCGGUAUCACGAAGCUGAUGCAGCAAGAUCCCCAGGUCCGAGUUGUGAAGCAGGGCGUGCCGCUCGACCCACCAUCCUGGGAGGACGACAUGAAGGACAGAGGCAGGAAGUGGGAAAGAGAAGCGCUCGGAGGGGGACUUCUCUUCAUGCGCCUCGUGGAGGCGAUCGAUGCAUCGCCCAUCGGCAACUGGAUGGAUGCCGAGGCUGUCCUGGAGCUGGAGGCAAUGAAGGAGGAGACCUCAGCGCGGCUGGAAGAGGACGGGCUGGAGGCGGAACCAGUGGCGCCGAGCUCAUCGCAGCUUGGUGAAGACUUCACUGCGCGCGGCCUGCUGGUCACGCCGAAAAAUGAGCAGGAGCUGAGGCGGUGGCUCUCCGGCCAGCGACUGGGUGGGCAAGAAGCUGGCGAGUUUCCUUUCGAGAACAGGAGACUGCGAAAAGCGGCACCCAAGUUGCCGAACACUGGCUUUCCCUAUACGAAGGAGGAAGCAGAGCGAGCUCAAGAAGAGAACGUGGUGAUGCUGGGAUCGCCCUUGCAGACUCCAGCCGGUGAGCUUGGGGUGGCCUUCCCACCGGAAGAUCUGCCAAAGGUGCGGGUCGGUGUGAUGGAAGAUGAGAACGAGGUCGUCAUCGGCUUCGUUGGUUGGUAUGGGCACGUGUCGCGCAUGCUGGUGUUUCACUGGUGCAAUUCUCCUUUGAAAGACAAGUGGGAGGAGAUAAAUGCCGCCUACGAUGCUGCAGAAGCGAUCGAGGCCAGCCCUACCUUGUCCAACGUGCGUUGA